UCUACAUUCCGGUUUGUAAUCGAAAUCGAACUCGAGUGUGCAGGUUUGUGAAUGAAGAUUUGUUUAUACUGACGAACUCUGUUAGACAUACCUGGAACGAAUAAUCAAAACAACGGAGUAUCGUAAUUUAGUUAAUAACAGUUUCCAGAAUAUUAUCGUGAGAUGAUGGCUGGUUUUACAGAAGGUGCUUUAUCAAAAAAGCUAGCAGACCUAAACAGUUCACAACAGAGCAUUCAGACACUUUCCUUGUGGUUGAUACAUCAUAGGAAACAUCAUGCCACAAUUGUAAAAGUUUGGUUUAGGGAGCUUCAGAAAGCUAAAGAUAAUAGGAAGUUAACAUUUAUGUAUCUGGCAAAUGAUGUUAUCCAAAACAGUAAGAAGAAGGGUCCAGAGUUUGGGAAAGAGUUUGGAAAUGUUCUCAGGAAGGCAUUUGAAAGUAUGGCAGUUCCUGAAAAUGAUGAGAAAACUAGAAAAAGUAUUGAAAGGAUUCUGCAGAUAUGGGAAGAAAGAGGCGUAUAUGAACCAAAGCUCAUAAAGGAGUUCAGACGAGGUUUGGAAGGAGCAACUCAAAGAGAGGGCUCACCUCCCAAAAAAAAAGUGAAGGUGGUGGUUGAAUGUGUCAGACCAGAAGUAGAUAAGACACCCAAGAGAGUGGCAAGUGGCAAGUCCAGAUCUCCGAUAAGAGAGCGUAAGAAGUCCGAGACAGAAGUAGAAGUUGAGAGAGAUGGGAUGAAGGAGUUGCAUGUGACACUGUCACCAAGGACUCCCGCUGGAGACCCUCCGGAACCUGAAGAACUCAUUAAGGCUUUAUUGGAUCUAGAAAAUUCUGCAUCCAGUGAUGCACUUGUCAGGGAAAAGAUUGCUAGUUUACCCCCGGAGGUCUCAGAAAUUGGACUUCUUUCGAAACUAGAAGAUAAAGCAUCAGCAGAGAAGUUAUCAGUUCAAGUGAAUGAAGCUGUGCAGCUGUUGACAGAUUAUAACAGUAGACUCGCUUCAGAGAUGGAGUAUCGCAAGAAGCUCACCACCAUGCUGAAGGACUUCCUUCAGGCACAGAAAGACUUGCUUGCCCAAGCUGAACACAGGCUAGAGGAAUAUACGGAGAAGCUAGAGAAGGUGUAUGUGGUGAGGCAGGAGGUGAAAUCUCAUAUUCAGAAUCUCCCUGAUCUCACCCAACUUCCUGAUGUGACAGGAGGCUUAGCACCAUUGCCAUCUGCAGGAGAUCUGUUCAACAUGCACUGAUUUCCCCAGGGUGUGUGCGUGCGUGUACAGAAACUUCCAUUAUUUUACAUUGUUACUGCAUACAGAAUUCAGAAGAUGUGCGUGCCUAAUUAUGUUUCAGUGUUAUAGAGUAUUUAUACUAGUGUGAUACAUACAUAGUGUAUACAGGGUUCCCACCAAUUUGAAGAAGUUAUAUAGGUACUAUAUAUAUUUCUUAUGGGAAGGGAAUUUGGAAAAGAUAUGGAAAUCGUAUUUUUGAGUUUUUAAAAGGCAUGUAUGUCCACAUAGUACCUUAUUUAAGCCAUGAUCAAUUCCUUCACAAUUCAUUAUUAACCAAUCAUCCUGCCAUUUGACAUUUUAUAAUCUGAGGCACAGACAAAGUUGUGAAAGAGACAGAAAAAACAUAAAAUAGUAGCAAGGCAGAAAAUAUAUGAUCUGGUAUAAAAGGAUUAAAAUCACUAGAAUAUUGUACAGUGACUGUACAAAUCAUGUUAAAAUAAAAUUAAGUAGAUAGGGUGGUUGAAAAUAAGAUUGGAGUGAGUCAUGGAAGAGCUCCCUCUCUGGUCUUGUUUAAAGCCAUGAUAUAUGAAAUUCUUAAUGAAGUUAGGGGAGGAAACAGAAGACCAGACAUGCAGACAUGAAUCCAUCUUUGCAGACAGUGUGUGGAUUUGGGGGAGAGAUGAAAUGUAAACUGAAAAAAAAAGUAAAUCAAUGGAACCUUGUUGUAACUCGCUGGUGUUAGAACCCAAAGCUUCAAAUAUCAUGAAUACAAAGGCCACCAUAAGACAUAAACCUGAGCCAGUUCAGUGUGGUUCGCUUUCUCAUUCUUCUUCCCACAGGUCUAUUUUAAUAUUAUCAUCUGCAGAGGGGCAUGUGGUAGCAUAGUUGCUUGAGGCACUAUGCUACAAGCCGGAA